CUUCUUCUUUGCGAGCGAGUCUAUAUUUCUCGCCUCGGAUGAUUUGAUUCUUUCGAUUGCUGUUUUGUUUUGUGUUAGAUUGAAUUCUCUUUGGCUGAUUGGCGUUGUGCGUAUGUGUUUACGGAAGCUGGUUUCUGUGAGUAAAUAGAUCUGAAGAGUAUGAACGAAGAUGGCUGCGUCCCUUACCUCUCUGAUAGUGGUAUCAAACAAAAGUCUAUAGAUCAAAGAUCGCCUCUUCCCGGGGAGCCUAAAUGUGUAAUCUGCUGUCGUUACGGUGAGUACAUUUGUGACGAGACCAAUGAUGACAUCUGCAGUCUCGAGUGUAAGCAAACACUUUUGAACAAGACUAGAGUGUUUCCUGCCACUGAUGAGUGCUUCUAUGUUGGAUCUUCUUCCACCGAUGAUUCUCGCAAGCUUGAUAUUCAUGUCCAAGGAGCAGCAGUUCCUCCCCCUCCUGCCCUCUCUUUCACCUCUUGUGGGCUUCCUCCUAAGCUUCUUCUUAACUUAGAAACGGCUGGUUAUGACUUUCCCACCCCUAUCCAGAUGCAAGCAAUUCCAGCUGCUUUAAGCGGCAGAAGCCUGCUCGCUUCAGCUGACACUGGCUCCGGCAAGACUGCUUCUUUUCUUGUUCCUAUUGUUUCUCGUUGUGCACGUUAUCGCUCUGAGCACCCCUCCUCAGACCCCAGGAACCCCUUGGCUUUGGUUUUGGCUCCAACUAGAGAGCUCUGCGUCCAAGUUGAAGAUCAGGCUAAGAUGCUCGGAAAGGGACUCCUAUUUAAGACUGCACUUGUUGUAGGUGGGGAUCCCAUGUCUGGACAACUCUACCGCAUUCAGCAAGGUGUAGAGUUGAUUAUUGGCACCCCAGGUCGGCUUGUAGACCUUCUAGCAAAGCACACCAUUGAACUAGAGGAUAUUAUGAUGUUUGUGCUGGAUGAGGUUGACUGCAUGCUCCAGAGAGGUUUCAUUGAUCAGGUGAUGCAGAUAUUUAGGGCUUUAUCACAACCGCAGGUCUUGCUGUUCUCAGCGACGGUCUCAAGGGAGGUGGAGAAGGUGGGAGGGUCUCUAGCCAAGGAAAUGAUUUUGGUGUCCAUAGGUAAACCCAACACACCUAGCAAAGCUGUCAAACAAUUGGCUAUCUGGGUUGAUGCAAAGCAAAAGAAACACAAGCUCUUUGAGAUACUGACAAGUCAAAACCAUUUCAAACCCCCAGCUGUUGUUUAUGUGAGUUCGAGAGCUGGAGCAGAUCUCUUGGCUAAUGCUAUAACUGUGGUGACUGGGAUAAAAGCUCUGUCGAUCCAUGGGGAGAAGCCAAUGAGGGAGAGGAGAGAUGUAAUGGGGUCGUUUUUGGGUGGAGAGGUGUCGCUUCUUGUAUCAACUGGAGUUCUAGGCCGAGGAGUUGACCUGUUGGUAGUAAGGCAGGUAAUCGUGUUUGACAUGCCUAAUACCAUCAAGGAGUACAUACAUGUAAUCGGCAGGGCCUCUAGGAUGGGAGACCAGGGCAGUGCCAUUUUGUUUGUAAACGAGGAGAGCAGAAAUCUGUUCCCUGAUUUGGUUGUGGCUUUAAAAAAUUGUGGAGCAGCCAUACCUAAGCAACUUACCAGUUUGACAUCAUCCAGGGAAAUGCACAGCAACAAGAAGAGGAGGGUUGGAUACUGAAAUGGAUGGCCUGGAUUCGAAUGUAUGUUAUAUUAAAAGCAAAGAAAGAAACGAAGACUUGAGAUACUGAGUAGGGGACAUGGAGAAAAGGUUUACGUUGUUAAGAAUAUUCAGAUUUUCAGAUGCCGAGGAGUGUGAAAUAAAUUGACAUAGUGGGUUAAAAAAGGUUUUGUUAAGAUAUAUUAUAGAUGCGAGUAGUGCGUAAUAAAACAUACUAUUUGACAAAGAACGCGGUUUUGUUACCCGCCAGCCAACUGCCAAUGUCUUGAUAAUGUGGUGAAAGAAAAAGCCAAACUUUGUUUUUGUUCGACCAAAAAAAAAGAUCGUAGACACCAACUUGCUCGCACCGGAAGGACUAGAAGGAGUUUCUCUGUUUCACCUACUACGUCACAAGAAAACAUGAUGGGAGACUCCUCGAGUUCAAGCUCUUGGAGCAGUCAAACGGAUACUCAGGAUGAUCGGAUGAUUGCUCUUAUGUUAUCUGAAGAAUACACUAAACUAGAUGGUGCAGUAGGCAGACGCCUCUCCAAUCUUGCUCCCGUUCCCGUAAGCUUGGUUCUAGUCCCCUUCCUACAACCAAAUGCAAUUGUAUAGCUAUUCUACACGUUUCUUGUUUUGCAGCAUGUUCCGCGGAUAAAUUCUUAUAUUCCCAACUUAAAUGAUGCCACCUUGGAUCACCAACGCCUUCUUCAAAGGCUAAAUGUUUAUGGUUUGUGUGAGUUGAAGGUCUCUGGUGAUGGAAACUGCCAGUUCCGAGCUCUUUCUGACCAGUUGUACCGAUCUUCAGAGUACCACAAGCAAGUUAGGGGAGAAGUUGUUAAACAGCUCAAGGACAAUCGCACUAUAUACGAAAGUUAUGUUCCGAUGAAAUACAAACGGUAUUACAAGAGGAUGGCAAAACUUGGAGAAUGGGGAGACCAUAUUACCCUACAAGCUGCGGCAGAUAGGUUUGCAGCAAAGAUAUGCCUGCUGACAUCCUUCAGAGACACUUGUUUCAUUGAAAUUAUGCCUCGAGACCAAGCACCUAAGCGUGAGUUAUGGUUAAGUUUCUGGUCAGAGGUGCAUUAUAACUCUUUAUACGAUAAUCAAGCGGUUCCAGUUCAGCAGAAGCCAAAGAGAAAACAUUGGUUGUUCUAGAAAGCAAGCCUCUCACAUUGAUAACAUCUUCGUAUUACAUAUUCUUUCAGUAUUGUGCAUAAGUCAACAGUUUCAGACGCCGUAA